AUGCAGCUGACAUCUCACAGGAUAGAUAGUAUUAAGAUCAUAAAAAUGACUACAAGUCAAAAUCGUUGGAACUUAAAUAGUACUAGCCCAUUUCUACCUAAUCCUUUUACAGUUUCUUCUUCUUCGACACCGUCUCCUUUUUCUCCGAUUAUCAAUAAAACUACUCCUUCGUCACUGUUAUUUAACAACAAUAGUCCCUCAAUUACAAACGCAAAUGGUACCACUAUCUCGUUACAUCGAAAUUUAAAUCAAUUGGUUGAUGAAGGACAACGAUCAGCAUACAAAAAUAAAAGUGAACUUAUUCAAGAUGUGAAUCAAUUAAGUGCAUUUACAUUUUUUAAUUCAAAUGGCAUUGAUAUUAAACGUAUUCAAGAUCAAUUUCAACAAAUUGAUUAUACAUUGCAACAAAAACCAACAGUCGAUAGUACAAAAACUGUUCAAACCGAUCAACAAACAUCCAAAUUUGGUACAGAUGUACAUGAAUAUUUGAAAAAAGAACGUGAAAAAGCGUUAUUAACAAUGUUGAGAACAAUUGAAGAUAGAACAUACGAUGAAAUCAAUACGAAUAGUUCAAACACCUUGUUAAAUAAUUGGCAUAAACAACGGAAUACAAUAUUAUCUAGUUUAAUGAAGCACAAUAAAAAUUAUCUUGAGGAUGUUUCGACUGUACAAGUAAAACGUUUUGAAACCCCUCGAACAUUGGCUCGUGGUCUAACAAAUUUAGAAGCUGCUUAUGCUAAAGUUAUUGCACUUUAUAAUGUUUCGAAUACAAAAGAAAUUCAACCACGUCAAAGUUUAUUAGAUGAAUUUAAUCAUGUAGUGGAAUCAUCCGAUCAACAAAUUGCUGUUGAGCUAUGGAAUACUGUUCGUUCAAUGACACAAUUUUCUGCUCAAAUUCAACAAGAAUAUAUUCAUAAUCGUUCGACAUUACCUGUACAACGUGCUUUAGUAUAUCAGGCACGAAAUUAUUUAGAAAGAGCGUUUCGAAUUCAAUUAUCAAAGUUGUUUAUAAAUCUUGUUUCGAAUGACGACCUACAUAAACCAGGUUCAGUAUAUAAACUUGUUAUACGGUAUAUUAGACAAAAACAUCCCCAAAUUAUCCAUACAAUUGAUGAAGACGGUUCUGUUGAUGAUUUACCGAUUUGGUCAAUUUUGUUUUAUUGUUUGAGAGCCGGUGAUUUACAAUCAGCAUUAAGUACUGCAAAACGAUGCCAUUUGUCAAAUGCAAUUGAAUGGUUAACAAACUAUAUUAAAAAUGAUGGUACACUGGAUUUAAUUAUGCGUGAUAAAGUUCGUGAUGUUUAUGAACGACAACACUUAAAUUCAACUGGAACAACUAAUCCGUUCAAGAGGUUGGUAUUAUGGUUGUAUCUGACAAAAGAUAAAGUUCGUUUUGUUAAAUUUAGUGCUGUUUUAUCACUGAUAUCAGCAUAUGAUAUUAACAAUAGACAUGAACAAAUAAUAACAACGUUGGACGAUUUACUUUGGUUGAGAUUAGCACAAAUUGUUUUUCAACAAGAUCAACAGUCACACGUACAAGCGCGAUCAACCUUAUCCCAAGAAAAAGAAGGAUUAACACUGACAAUGUUGCAGAAGCUCGUUUUCAACGAAGGAGGUGAAAAUCGAGCAUUAUUCAGUGAAAAACCUGUUCAAUAUGUCUUUAGUUUGUUGUUGACUGGACAAUUUGAAGCAGCUCUAGAUCUGUUGAAUCAAAUCGAUACAUUAAAAUCCCAUUCUGUUCAUAUAGCAAUUUAUCUACAAGAAAAUCGUUUAUUAUCUAUAACAUCAAAUUUAGAUAGUCCAAUGUAUCCAGUUAAUCAUGAGCCGCUGAAGUCAUUAAAUUAUUUUCGUUUAAUAUUGAAUUAUACCGAAAAAUUUCGUGAUAGUGAAUUAUGGCAAACACUCAACUAUUAUUAUUUGUUGAAAGAUCUUCGUCAGAUGAAUAAUUCAAAUAGUAGUGAAAAUUGUUUUAUAAUAACUUUAGGAAAUUUAAUUAAAAAUGAAACAACAAAUAAUUUAAUGGAACGAAUAUUUGGAAUUAAUACCAAUGGAGUAGAAAAAGAUUCUCGUAUGUUGGAUCAUCUGGGGGUUGAUAGCGGAGUGGUCACAUCGAAUGUUGCACUUUAUCUAGAAAAAUGUGGUCAUCUUGAGAAAGCUGCACUUCUAUAUGAUCGUGCUAAGAAAUUGAAACAUGCUUGUUUAAUCUACAAUCGUCUAUUAUUUGAAUCAAUUCGUUCAUUAUUAUCAUCGACUCCAUCAUCCGAAUCGUCAAUGAUAUCAUGUGCUCGUUCAUUUGCCACUCGCCUCUCUAAUCAAUCACCAAAUGAUAUUGAUCAAAAUUGUACAGCAUUAUUCACCUUGCUUGAUAUUUGUUCUUACAUUCAAUUUUAUAAAAGUGAACAAUAUGAAAUGGCCUAUAAAAUAAUUCAACAAUUAACGUUAUUACCAUUUUCUCAUCAACAAUUAGAUAAAUGUGUUGAAGCAAUGAAUUAUUAUUCAAAUGAAGUCGCUGAAUGUUAUCCAGAUUUAAUAUUAAUUACAUUAAAAAUUAUGGCACAUUUAGCCGAUAAUUCAUCUUCAUCAAAUCUAAUAUCGACAACAUCGUUCGAUCAAAAAUCACAAAUUUUAUCGGGUCAUAAACAAUUUUCUGAUGAAUUGAAACGACAAGCUGAUAUUAUCUUUCGUUUUAUUGGUGUAUUGACUUUUAAAUUUCAUAAUAAUGUUCAUGCUCAAUUAAUGGAAUGUUUUUCUAGAAUUAAAAUGGCUUAA